AUGAUUAUAGCAUUAUUAUUCAUCCUAUUCCUGUUUGCUUCUGUGACAUGUCAAUUUAUCCCUGAUCCACGUCAAUAUCAAACUACUGUCUUAAUUGGCACUCGCCUGGUUUCGUUUGGAGGUUAUACGGGAAAACCCGAAUAUACAAAUGAGACAAUUAUUUUGGACCUAUCAAAAUCAUUCGACACUUCUCAUCCCAGUUGGAGUGUGAACAUAAAAGGCACAGCUCCAAUGAACACAGAAUUUUCCACUUCAUGUUUAAGUCCCAUUGACCAAUCCACAGUAUAUAUUAUUGGCGGUGUAUCUUACGAUGAUGCGUCAUCAAGAUUUGUCAAACCGUCACUUGUUUAUACUUUUAAUUCUAUUGAAUCAAGUUGGUCGCCUUUGACUACCAAUGGGUUUACAACAUUUGAUAGUAACGUGAGCAAUAUCUAUAAUGACAUGCAGGCUGUUAUGCGUCAUGGUCUUAUAUAUAUUUUUGGUGGAACAAAUACACCAAGUCCAGCAGAAAGUAAUUUAACCACUAUUAGUACGCUCAUUACCACUAUGAACAUACUAAAUACAAAAAAAAUGACGUGGUUGAUUUUUAAUUUUACUGAUACGCCUACAGCUCGUGAAGGAUAUAGUGCCACUUUAUUGAAAAAUGGUUACAUCGUUUAUAUCGGAGGUACAGAAAAAAAUCCUAAUUCCAAUGAAACGAACGUUAAUAUGAACAAUGUUCCUAUUUUUGACACGGACGAUCUAACUUGGAUCUCAAUGGUAGCUGCAAAACCAGAAACGGAUGAAUCAGCGC